AUGGCUACGCCAUUAACAUUCUCAAGAAGAGAUGUCAACCAAGAAGUUGAGAUGCACAAUGAUCCACUUGUGAUCAAUCUUCCUAUACACGGAUGGAACGUCACGAAGGUCUUCAUUGAUGGGGGCAGCUCAUUGAAUGUAUUAUUAUAUGAACCUUACCUACGUAUGGGUUUGACAGCUGAGCAAAUGGAUUCAUACACUUGCACAAUAUAUGGUUUCAAUGGAGAAGUCUCUAGACCAAAAGGAGAAACUGUCUUACAGGUGCACGUCGUACCCUUAGUAACCAAUACAAGGUUCUGCGUUGUGGAAACACCUUCGCCAUACAAUGUAAUCAUGGGCAGGCCAUGGGUCCAUCGACUACGAGGAACAACUUCAACAUAUCACCAGUACCUUCGAUUCCCUACACCUAUAGGUGAAAUGGAGAUCAAAGGUGACCAGCAAGAUGCAAGGUUAUGCAAUCUGGAUGAGGUCAGGCUCAACGAAGAAAGAGCCGCUGCCCAACAAUACGAAAGAAAAAGACGAAAGGCGAAUACCAAGGAAGUGAAGGACAGAGCCUUUUUAGUACCCGAAGCACCUCAGUUCCGGAGCCAAGCAGCUCCGCCACUCCGGGGGUGA